UUUCCACUGCAUCCACUUAAUACACAAGUAAUGAAAAUUCAGCCUGCUCUCCUUACACUCCAUCAUCCUCUUCUCUAAUUCCCCUUUCCCUUUCUUUGGGGAGGCCUUGAGGUAGUUUAUAAACCCUCCCCUUCUGGGGGGCUCUCAGUGUUUUCUUUCUCACAGUCUUCUGGCUGAGGGUGUAGAACCUCAGAUUCCCCACUAGGUGGAAGGCUUGCUCUUCUGAAGAAUUCUUCGUUUACUCUCACGUGGGUGUGUGCUCUAUCUCUUAAAUCGCGUCUCUUUGCAACUCCAUGGACUGUAUGUAGCCUGCCAGGCUCCUCUGUCCAAGGGAUUUCCCAGCCAUUACUGGAGCGGGUUAUUUUUUACUCUUACAAGCGAUCUUCCCAACCCAGAAAUCAAAACUGUUUCUCCUGCGUGUCCUACAUUGUCAGGCGGAUUCUUUACCCCUGAGCCAUUAUGGAAAGCCAUCAUGUAUAACAUACAGCAGUGUUAAUGAUAUAGCUCACGCUGUACAUUACAUCUCUAGUACUUACUUAUAACUGGACAUUUAUAUCUCUUGACUGCUUUUAUCCAAUUUCCUCUCCCCGCUACCCUCUGCUUCUGAUUCCACAUACAAGUGAAAUCAAACAGUAUUUGUCUUUCUGUGACAUAUUUCACCUUGCAUAGUGCCCUCUAGGUCCAUCCAUGUUGUCAAAAAUGUACCAACUAUUUCAUCAAGUAUUUUAGUCGUAGUAUAUGUGGUCUGGGGAGUCCGUGUCCAAGCCUUCAGCACUGACCCACGAAUGAAGACGGCAUAGAAGAGACAAUGUUGCCCCGUGCCCUUCACUGUCUCAUUCCUAUGGCUGAAGUCAACCCUGUCCCUGGGAGCCCUGCCCGGCGACCCAGGGAUGGCCCCGAGGCCUCCGACGGCCAGGCACCAGGAGUCACUGACAUUUAAGGAUGUAGCUGUGAACUUCACCCAGGAAGAAUGGCACCACGUGGAUGCUGCUCAGAGGCGCUUGUACAGGGAUGUGAUGCUGGAGAACUAUAGCCACUUGGUUUCUCUUGGAUAUCAAGUUUCCAAGCCAGAGGUGAUCUUCAAAUUGGAGCAAGGAGAAGAACCAUGGAUAGCAGAGGGAGAAAUCCAAAGACCUGUCUGUCCAGACUGGAAGACCAGGCCUGAAGCCAAAUCUUCACAUCUGCAGCAGAGUAUAUCUAAAGUAUCCCUUAGCACAGAUGAGCUCUCACAUACCACGGGAGAAGAUGCUUGGGACCUUAGUGGCCAGUUAGAAAGGCAUAAGGAAAACUGGAAGAGACAUCUGGGGCCAGAUUCAUCCACCCAGAAGAAAAUAAUCACACCAGAGGAAACUUGUGAGCAAAAUACAUUUGGUGAAAACUGUAGAUUGAACACAGACCUGAUUACACAACUGAACAUUCCUCCAGGGUCUAGUGAAUGUGAUACACUUGGGAGCAAUUUGGGACAUAAUUCAGACUUACUUAAUCAGAAUAAUAUCCUUGCAAAAAAGAAACCUUAUAAAUGCAAUAAAUGUAGAAAAGCAUUUAUUCACAGAUCAUCUCUGACUAAACAUGAGAAAACUCAUAAAGGAGAUGGAGCUUUCCCCAACAGUACAGAUCAGGGAAUUUAUCCUGGAAAGAAGCACCAUGAAUGUACUGACUGUGGGAAAACCUUCCUCUGGAAGACACAACUUACUGAGCAUCAGAGAAUUCACACUGGAGAGAAACCCUUUGAAUGUAAUGUGUGUGGGAAGGCCUUCAGGCAUAGCUCCUCCCUAGGUCAGCAUGAGAACGCUCAUACCGGAGAGAAACCCUAUCAGUGUAGUCUUUGUGGGAAAGCCUUCCAGCGCAGCUCCUCUCUCGUUCAGCACCAGAGAAUUCACACAGGAGAAAAACCUUAUCGAUGUAAUUUGUGUGGGAGGUCGUUUAGGCAUGGCACAUCCCUCACUCAGCAUGAGGUUACACAUAGUGGAGAGAAACCCUUCCAAUGUAAGGAAUGUGGGAAAGCUUUCAGUCGAUGUUCUUCUCUUGUCCAACAUGAGAGGACACAUACAGGAGAGAAACCUUUCGAAUGUAGCAUAUGUGGGAGAGCUUUUGGUCAGAGCCCAUCCCUUUACAAACACAUGAGGAUUCAUAAGAGAGGCAAACCUUACCAAAGCAAUAACUACAGCAUAGAUUUCAAGCACAGCUCAUCUCUUACUCAGGAUGAAAGCAAUGUCCCUGAAGUGAAGUCCUAUCAUUGCAAUGCCUGUGGGGAAGAUUUCAGUCACAUUGCAGACUUCUCUGACCAUCAGAGGAUCCACACUGGAGACAAGAACCCCUAUGAUUGUGAACAGGCCUUCAGUCAACAACCUAUUUCUCAUCCUGGUGAGAAACCCUAUCAAUGUAAUGUAUGUGGAAAAGCUUUCAAAAGGAGUACGAGUUUCAUAGAGCAUCACAGAAUUCAUACUGGGGAAAAACCCUAUGAAUGUAAUGAAUGUGGAGAAGCUUUCAGUCGGCGCUCAUCACUGACUCAACAUGAGAGAACCCACACUGGAGAGAAACCCUAUGAAUGUAUCGACUGUGGGAAAGCCUUCAGUCAGAGUUCAUCCCUCAUUCAGCAUGAGAGAACUCAUACUGGAGAAAAACCCUAUGAAUGUAAUGAAUGUGGGCGAGCUUUCCGAAAGAAAACCAAUCUGCAUGAUCAUCAGAGGAUCCAUACCGGAGAAAAACCCUAUGCUUGUAAGGAAUGUGGGAAAAACUUCAGUCGAAGCUCAGCUCUUACUAAACAUAUGAGAAUUCAUACACGAAAUAAACUCUAGGACCCUUGACAUUAAGAAAUACGAAGAAAGCUUUAGUUAAAAUAUUAUUCAGUAUCAGAAGAUUUUUACUGGAGAGGAAGCUUGAGGAUAUAAUGAAUUGUGUUUGUGUGCACGCACACAUGUGUGCAGGUGUGUAUGCUUGUGUGCAUUGUGUGUUGAGAGAUCUCUGUACUAGCAGUGUUGUUUUUUUUUUUAAAUAAAAGCCACAUUCUCAGAUCUGAUUACAUACAUGUGAAAACAACUACAGAUGUCUUAUAUAAUCUGUUAGAAAUGACAUGCCUAUAUAUUGGACUUUGUAAAGCUUUUGAAUAUAUGUAUGCAGGGAAUCACCAACUUUCAACAAUUUAAUUUGUAACUCUCAGUGUUUACAGCCUUUUUUAAUAAAUAAAACUCCCACAGUGAUGACCAAAA